AUGGCUGUCCCAGAGCUGGGGGUGCCGCUCAAGGUCGAGCAUAUUGCGCCCAUUGGGUCCAACACAAAGCUGUUCACGGCAGUGAGCGUCUGGCAGCUCCACGAGCGGGGCAAGCUGGACGUCACGCAGCCGUUCACGCGCUACGCCAACACCACGGCCCUGGGCCUGCCCCGCAACUGGUGCCCGCGCCUGGCCAACGCCAACGGCACCGCUGUGGGGGCGUGCCUGACCCCGCCCACGUUGGGGCAGCUGCUGCACAUGUCUGGUGGCAUCUUGGAUGCAAGCAACUGCGAGUAUCCAGCCGGCUCGUGGCAGCUCAAGUACUGUUUCGAGACCCAGAAGAAGUGCUCCCCAGCCUUUGCGCCCGACAACUUUGUCGCCAGUGUGGCCGGCGACGCCAGCGCAGCGGACGUGCUGAAAGCCGCCGGCGUGCUGCUGGCGCCAUUUGAUUUCCUACCGGGCAAACAAUAUCACUACAGCAACGAGGCCUAUAUCCUGGCAUCGCACGUCGUGGAGCACGUCAGCGGCCUGCCGCUGGGCGCCUACUUCGAGCGCAACAUCUUCAAGCCCCUCGGCCUCGACAGCACCAUCUAUGACAUCGCCAACGGCCAGGACGGCGUCUACAUGGAUACAGUGCCCUACCCAUCAUAUGUCGCGUACCUCAACCCUGUCGAAAUCGCCCAGCCGGCCACAGACAAGCAGUACAUCGGAAACUCAUCAUAUGCGGCCGGCACGCUGAGCGCAGCGGCGCUCGGCAGGAACAGCCGCGGCGCCGCCGCAACCGCCGCCGCGACAGCGGGCGAGCCCGGCCGGUGGGCCAAAACGGGGCGCGCGGCGGCCCCGAGCUUCCCGGGCAGCGACUUCGCCUGGGCCGGGGGUGCGGGGGCGAUUCAAUCAAGCGUUGGCGACGUGGCGCGUUGGCUGCGCGUGUUUACAACUGAGCCGCAGCGGCUGGGCCUCAAGCCAGAUACUGUGCGCCGCAUGCUCGACGUGUCCAUUCAGAUCCCUGCGCCCAAGCAGAAGACGGCGCUCGGGACCCUCUCGGCAAUGGACCGGGUGCUGAAGCGGCUCCGGUUUGCGCAGGGCGUGGUGGUUGUCCGGGACCCCUCAAACCGCCGUUUGGGGGCGUCAGGGCUGUACUACAAGGGCAGCCUGGGCGCAUUUGAUGCCACAUAUUACCUGGCGCUCCACCCCACAGACCCCUCGAAGGACGUGCUUGCCUACGUCAUCAGCAUGACGAACGCCCUGGUCCAGCCCUAUGCGCCCUUCAUAUCGCGCAGCGGGAAGGGUGCGAACAGCGCGUGUGUAUUCAACGCUGCGGCAGCGGCGGCGGCCGCCCUUGGCCGAGCGGCACCGGGCGCCUCCGCUGCGGCGCCGCUGCCGGCUUACAUGUGCGAUGCGAAGGAUUUGGGAGGCUCGGGGGCUCCGGCUGCAUUGGUUCUUAGCUCGUAUCUGAAGGCGUUUACUGGAAAAGGCAUCUUGGGGGUGUAG